AUGGCAACGAAAUUAUUAACUUUAAUCGUUUCCACUUUUCUGUUGCUGACUUUGAUCAGCAGCAACAUCAACGUGAUUGCAGCAGAGAAUGCAGCUGGUGCCGUAAAAGUAGAAAAGGAAAAUAAAAAUCAAACAGAAGCCGUUACAGAAUCAAGUACAAGAGCAAGUGAUGCUAAUGACAAAGAAUCGGGAAAAGAUAUAGUUAAAGAAGAAAAGGAAAAUAAAAAUCAAACAGAAGCCGUUACAGCGUCGAGUGCAAGUAAAAAUGUUACAGUGGUAGAAAAUGAAAGUAAAAAUCAAACAAAAACCGCUAAUGAGACGAGUACCAGGGCAAGUGAUGCAGAUGACAAAGAAUCGGAGGAAGAUGUAGAUAAAGAAGCAAUUGGCAAAGUCAGUAUCCAAAAACCUGCUCUGCCGGAAAACGCGGAAGUCACUCUCCAAGAAGUUUCUCUGCCGGAAAAUGCGCCAGAGGAAGAAGAGACGAUUGGAGCUGAACCAGCUGCUGAGAAUAUCGAAGAUUCUCAGACCCCACCCGAAACUGAGGCACAAAUAGAAAAUAAACAGGAUUCUGAAGAAAAUAGAAUCCAGGAAAAUCGUAAACCGGCUACUAGGAAACCGACUACCAGGAAGCCGACAGCAUCACCAACGUCCAAGCAGCCAGCAAAACCUCCAAGACGCAUUAAUGUAAAAGCAAAGGUCCGUGGAAAACCGGUUCCAGUAAUAUACAAAAAUAAAGGGGCGAAGAGUAAAAAGAAGCAGAGGCAGAAACAGAAACAGAAGCAGAGGCCGAAGCAGAAGCAGAAGCAGAAGCAGAAGCAGAAGGGACAAGGUAGAAAAAAACCGAAGUCCAAAAAGAAGCGCAGGAAAUCAUAA